AUGGCCGGUUAUGAUCCCAUACCGGACGUGUCGCAAACGGAGCCUGUGCAAGUGUCCGAGGCCCCAACGAAACCGACGCCGACGGCCUAUGCUCCGGCAUGGCGUGUAUCGGAGCCUGACACUGUACAGGUACCGAUGCUACCUGAAGAGUUUGAAGAGCUUAAAAGAAGUUCGCUGAAUUCGAUGCGUAAUGACAGCACAGUCGCGCAACUUGCAGACCAAGAGUACGUGCCCCAGCGCCGCGCGACUCGGCAUCCAGCACCGUCAAACGAGCAAAGUGCAGUGGUUGCACAGCAUUAUAACAAGCGCGGCGAAGUCGGCCGCGAGCAGCGCGAGUUCUCGCCGAUUUUACCGUUGAAGCGAUUCAACAACUGGAUCAAAUCCGCGCUUAUUCACCGAUUCAGCACCGGCGCGUCAGGCGAGUCCAAUAAGCAAAAUGGGCGGAUCCUCGAUCUCGGAUGUGGAAAAGGAGGCGAUUUGAAUAAAUGGGAGCACCAGCAUCCAAGUCUGUUAGUCAUGGUCGACAUUGCAGAGGUCUCUGUUGCACAGGCACAGGAGCGGUACAAGAAUGGCAAAUUCAGUUUCCAAGCCAUGUUUUUUGACUUUGACUGUUUCCGCGUGCCGCUUGAAUCGCAACUUCCUUCUUCCAUUCUAGAAACGCUGUUUGACACCGUAUCGCUGCAAUUUUGUUUGCACUAUGGCUGGGAUACAGAAAAGAGUGUCGACACCAUGCUGAGCAAUGUUGCCAAAGCACUUCGUGUGGGUGGCACGUUUAUUGGUACAACGGUCGAUGAUGAAAUGCUCUAUUCGCGCCUCGAGACAUCGCCGAUGCGACAAGAUUCUCAGUUCGGCAACGAAAGUUACGGCGUGCGGUUCACUUCGCUCAAAUCGCGGCCCGAGCAGCCGUUUGGAAACCAGUACUAUUUCUGGCUCGAGGAUGCGAUUGAGGACGUGCCAGAAUAUGUCGUGGAUUGGAAAACGUUUGAGCGGAAGGCAAACGAGCAUGGACUAGAGCUUAUAUACAAGGCACGCUUCGACCAGAUGCUUGCCGACGGGUACGAGCUUAGACCUAUGCGAUUGCUGCUCGAGCGCAUGCAUGUCAUUGACCAGGAUCAAGCCGCAAAUGGGGUUGUGACUCCGAGUAUGCCCAUGCCGCUAUGGGAUGUAUGUACACUCUAUGUAGGAUUCGCCUUUCGCAAAAUGGAAAGCGAAGCGUAG